AUGUACCAACAUCGACAACGACAUCAAACAGCAUGUUUUAUAAAUGAAACGUCUGAUAUUGGUACGAACAAUAUUUGUUGUAAUAAUUUUAAUAAUUACGAUAAAUUAAUUUCAUUACGACUAGUUCAAUUUAUUAUGUCAUUAUUGUUUGAUUCAUUUAAUUCUUCAUCAUCAUCGGCUUCUUAUUUUUCAUCAUUUAGUCAAGAACAAUAUUGUUCGAAUAAUAAUUUAGAGAUUAUACGUAAUCAAAAUUAUUAUUCAUCGUUAAUAAAUAAUACAUUUUUAUGUUUCAUUUGUAUUUAUGCUGUUAGCUCAGUUAUAUUCAGUUUUAAAACAAUUAAAGAUAUUAACCAUCAACGAAAAGAUAUAGUACUAAAAGUAAACAAUAUUAGAUCGAAAUGGAAUGAAUUAUUAUUAAUAAAAGAUAAAUUAAAUUUCAUCGAACAACAUCAUCUCCAUCAACAACAACAACAAUCAAAUGAAUAG